CUUCAUAAUCGAGAUGCACAACAGUGAGACCAGUAACGCGGCUCUGCCAUCUUGAUACGACGACGUCGGUGUAGUCUAGUUUGAAACGUUUAACCAAGUCGAAAUUUCCAUAAGUCUUGGAGUUAUCGUGUGGGGCAGCUGAGCCAUUUAGAGAAGGUGACAUCGAUGAGAUGGAUUGGAAGAAGCGGCGCGGAAUCAGAAAGGGGAGAUCGCGUUUAGCGCCCGUUUGCGGCUGGACUGAUAGGUUUGAUAGUCCGAUGCGUCUCCGAGAGAGAUUCCGUGCAGAAAGCCAGGACGCCGUCAACAGUCGCUGCAUUCACUUCAAGUUGAAUUUUCCAGUGAGCGGAACAGCGCUCUUUACGUCAGCUCUUACUUGGAUUUUAUGCUACUCGCACAUGUGACUGCAACCGAGGACGCUGGCUCCGAGUCCUGCGCUGUCCUGCGUUCUUACGCCGCUGUUCCUCAAGGCCACUACUCAUGGAGACAAAGCGUACGUACGAUUACAAGCCAACGCCUGAGCAAUUGCUUCUUGCGGAGGAACGACGUAGACAGCGCGAAGCAAAGAAAUUGCACCAACAGAAUACGCACGAGAGCCAUACCCAUCUCUCGCCAACAUUUCUUUCAAGGGAUUGGAAAUAUUUACCAAGCACACAGACUGUACCUCGGUCCACCAUCAAGGUCAUGUCCUGGAAUCUUCUUGCACAAUGUCUGAUUCGCUCGAACCUCUUUCCGACAAGUUCGAAAGCCCUUAAAACUACCCACAGGGAGCCUAUGAUACAUGCAGAAAUUCUGUCCCAUUUUGCGGAUAUAAUGUGCAUGCAGGAAGUGGAUCGCCUAGAAAAGCUUUCUCCCGUUCUAGAAUUAGCGGGGUAUUCAUCUGCUUAUGCUACUGGCCCUGGAAAGCAGCAUGGCUGCCUUAUUGCUUACAAGCAGAACAAAUACAAUCGACUGGACGAACUCGUCAUCGAGUAUGACAAGCAGGAAGUGCGUGAGGAUUCUGCUCAUCCUGCUGCACGUAUUGGAUCGAGUCGCGUCACGAAAAAUAUCGGUUUCAUGGUCGCAUUAGCCGAAGCCGGCGCCGAUCAGAAAGGUGUCAUCGUUGCAACCACCCAUCUGUUCUGGCACCCUGCAUUCACGUAUGAAAGGGCAAGGCAGGCCGGCAUCCUCAUUCGAGAAGUCCUUAAUUUCCGACAGUCUAUGAAACUUGACCAUUGGCCCUGCAUCAUCGCUGGCGACUUCAACUUUGCUCCUGAUGACCCUGCAUACUCCUUGCUCAUCGGCGAUCCGCUUACUGAGGCGCAGUCGCAUCGUUUGCAUACGUCUCGUGUUAUUCAUACAACCAUCGAUCCUACAGUACCGCCGACUACAAAGAAGGCAGAUGAUGAGGAAGGAGACGGUUCAGAAGCUGAUCCAGAUAGAGUCAUCAAUAACUCCAGAGUAGCCACUUCGUCAGACGGGCUGCUCUCCGACCUUGAGCUGACAUCACUUUUCAUCAAUGGUGCAAAGCUUCGGAGCGCCUACGAUGAAGGCCAGAGAAUUCAGAGAGGCAAUGGCACCGCAGGUAAUUUACAGACAUUUGGCGAUCGAGUCUCUUCGCCCCCAAUCAGACUCGGAUCUCAUGAGCCAAUGUGGACUAGUUACACCCACUACUGGAAAACGACGCUAGAUUACAUUUUCUUCGUGGACACACCCAAACACAGCAUAAAUGUCGCGGGCUAUCUCAACCCACACCGUACCACUGACAUGGAAGCAGGUCUUCCUCAGAUUGGUAUUUGUGGAAGUGAUCAUGUCUCUCUUUGCGCGGAACUCUUUUUGUCAUGAUAGAUUUCAACGUCAAGUAGGAGCAUUCGUAAACGGGAUGAAGUAAAAAAAGCUUGAAAUGAUG